UGUAUUCAAAUGAUUAUGUAGCUUUUAUGUAAAAGCCUGUUUGACCUCCAUAUUUUCACAGCUUAGGAAAAUGGAGGCUUUGUGUGAAAAGAAGACAAAAGAACUUGAGACAUCCAAAGAGAAAAUGUGUGCUUUAAGUGAAGACCUUAAGGAAGCUCAGGAUAAUCUAGAUGAUGCCAAUAAAGAGUUAAAUCAUCUGCACACUAAAUGUACAGACAGAGAGACUUUAAUAGGAACUUUAAAAAUUGAACUGCUGAAUGUAUGUCAAUGCUUGGAGAAGGAGAAAGUACGCGUCACAGAAUCUGAAAAUGAAAUCCAGAAGCUUACCAGGGCUUACCAGAAGGAUAUGGAGGAGAAGCUAACCUUCCUCCAUAGCUUAUACCAGCGUUUGGUAGCAGGCUGUGUGCUUAUAAAACAACCAGAAGGCAUCAUAGAUAGAUUCUCUUGGUCUGAGCUUUGUGCAGUCUUGCAGGAGAAUGUUGAUGCCCUGAUCUUAGACCUCAACAGGGCUAAUGAGAAGAUAUCUCGCCUAGAAUGUGUUUGUAAGAGCAAGUCCGAUACUGUGAAUGAGCUUCAGCAGAGCCAGGAAGAUGCUUUUAGAAAAAUGGCUGAACAAAUGAAAGCACAGGAAAGCUGUUGGCAGAAACAAAAAGUGGCUCUGGAGCAGCAGUACUCUAGUCUCCUUGCGGAAGUUCAUGUAAGGGUACAGGAAUACCAAAAAACAGCAGAAAAAAACAAGGAAAAAAUUUAUGCCCUUGAAAGAAGACGGGAUAAAUUAGCCCUUGAAAAUGUUUCUGUGAAAAAUACGUUAACACAGAUUCAGAAGGAGCAUUCAUCUCUCCUGGUAGCCUGUGCACUAUUGGCGGGUGCCCUGUAUCCUCUCUAUGGCCGAUCAUGUGCCAUGUCUUUCCAGAGGGAACUUCUCCAGGAUCAGGUCAACAUUUAUGAAUUAGUGAACCAGGAGAUUAGGACCCUAGUUCAUGCACUCUCUGAUGUAGAGGAAGACAAUCAAGAUGAUGCAAAACUGAAGAAAAGAAAACUCAAAGGCUUGAUUCAUGUAUUUCGAAGAGGUGUGAUUGCAGUUUUGGCAGCUAACAGAUUUAAAGUUUUAGCCCAGUCUUCCAAUUCCCUCUUCUCCUGGGUAGAUGGCUUCAAAGAAGGCAUUGGAAUUCUAGUUUGUAUAGGAGAAUCCAAAGGCAAACAUAAUGUGUCAAGUCGUGAAGAGGAGCAAAUUCACUGUGUUGAAGCAUCCAGCUGGUUUACUAGUUCUAACCUCCUUGCUGCAAUUACAAGUUCUGUCACUGAAUUACAGGAUGUUGUUAACACAACAGAUCCAAAGGCCCGGCUUUCUGAAAAUGUACUUGUAAAUGCAGCCAGGAACUCCUUUUCAAAACUUAUGAACAAGCUGAAUGUAAUAAUGGAGACUGGAACAGACAGCAGGAGCAUUACUUACCUGGAGAAAAACUCCUUGGUACAGAGAUUGGCUCAUGGACUUCAUAAAAUAAAUACCCAGGCCCUGGAAGCUGGAUUAUGUGACAGACUACCUGUUACGAAAAGUAUAGCAUCUUUGCAAAAGAAGAUAUUUGAAUUUACACAAAGACUUCAUACAACGGAGGUG